CGCUCCGGGGCUCCCGCCGCCCUCCCUGCGCGAGCCGCUCCGGGGCCGCGCGGCGCCCUGCACCCUGCCGGGCGGCCGCGGCGUGGGCCGGACCGAGGCGGCGUCCCCCCAUCCCCAGCCCAGCGGUUCCCACUGGCAAGAUGGUGCCCCGCUGUCCCCGCGCGCUCCUGUUGCUGCUGCUGCUGCUGCUGCUGCUCGCCGGCUCCGCGUCGCGGGCUUCCCAGAACUGUCUCAACAAACAGCAGCUCCUCACGGCCAUCCGCCAGCUGCAGCAGGUGCUGAAGGGCCAGGAGACGCGCUUCGCCGAGGGCAUCCGCAACAUGAAGAACCGGCUGGCUGCACUGCAGAACUCCGUGAACAGAGUGGGCCCAGACACCCCCCCAGUUUCCUGCCCUGCUCUGAACGCCCCUCUGGAUGGCAGAAAGUUUGGAAGCAAGUACUUAGUGGAUCACGAAGUCCAUUUUACCUGCAACCCUGGCUUCCGGCUGGUUGGGCCCAGCAGCGUGGUGUGCCUUCCCAACGGCACCUGGACGGGGGAGCAGCCCCACUGCAGAGACAUGAGCGAAUGCUCCAGCCAGCCUUGUCAGAAUGGCGGCACGUGUGUAGAAGGAGUCAGCCACUACAAAUGCAUCUGUCCUCCCGGGAAGACGGGGAGCCACUGUCAGCACCAGGCCCAGACAGCCGCCCCGGACGGCAGCGUGGCCGGCGACCCCGCCUUCAGCCGCGCGCCGCGCUGUGCGCAGGUGGAGCGGGCGCAGCACUGCAGCUGCGAGGCCGGAUUCCACCUGAGCGGCGCCGCCGCGGGCGACAGCGUCUGCCAGGAUGUGAAUGAAUGCGAGCUCUAUGGGCAGGAGGGACGCCCCCGGCUCUGCAUGCACACCUGUGUGAACACCCCGGGUUCCUACCGCUGUGCCUGCCCCACCGGGUACCGGACCAUGGCCGACGGGAAGAGCUGUGAGGACGUUGAUGAGUGUGUGAGCCCCCAGCACGUGUGUCCCCGGGGAACCAUGUGCAUCAACACCGGUGGAGGCUUCCAGUGCGUCAGCCCGGAGUGCCCCGAGGGCAGCGGCAACGUGAGCUACGUGAAGACGUCUCCGUUCCAGUGUGAGCGAAACCCCUGCCCCAUGGAGAGCAGACCGUGCCGCCACUUGCCCAAGACCAUCUCCUUCCAUUACCUUUCUCUGCCCUCCAACCUGAAGACGCCCAUCACGCUCUUCCGCAUGGCUACGGCCUCAGCCCCCGGCCGACCCGGACCCAACAGCCUGCGGUUUGGGAUUGUGGGUGGGAACAGCCGAGGCCACUUUGUGAUGCAGCGCUCAGACCGGCAGACGGGGGAGCUGAUCCUCGUCCAGACCCUGGAGGGGCCUCAGACGCUAGAGGUGGACGUCGACAUGUCAGAAUACCUGGACCGCUCCUUCCAGGCCAACCAUGUGUCCAAGGUCACCAUCUUUGUGUCCCCUUAUGACUUCUAAGGCAGCUGUGGGAUCACUGCGGUGCAGAGAUCUGGGCUCAUCUCUCUUCCUCAGAGAUUCAGCUGUGGGCCCUGACUGCCACAGACCUCUCUCCCCACCCUGCCCUGCCCCUGCCCUGUCCCUGCCCACCUGCCCACCUGCCUGUGCCCCCAGGUUUCUAGGGCACCGCGCACACUCCUCCAUGGAGUGGCACAGAAGGGCAGCCACGGGACCUAGACUGCUGCCAUCACCAUUUUCUUUCUGCUUUAAGCUCUUCCUGUAGAUUAUGCACUAACCUUCUCAAGUCUUUUUUACAGGGAAAUGGGCGGUUUUUCAAAAUGCCGGGUGAAUGGCUUUGUGAGUUUGAACCAGCUAGGGAGGGAAAACCUUAUGAUAUGUGUCUGAGAUGACUGUCAGCCCUCUGCAUUGUUGUAGUCAAGCCUCUAGCAUGCUGAGGGCCGGAUCAUGCCCCUGCACGUGUGGGCAUAGGGACUGGGUCUCCUGCCACAGCCCGGCAUAUUGUUCUUGUCUGCAUUCCCUUCUGUGACAUGCCUGCCGGGCUUCUCAUCAGAAAGCUGUGGCAGGGCCUGGAACCCCCGUGCAGAUUCUUUUAGACCAAGGAACCAACAUUAAAGCAUAAGUUCUGCCUGAAGUAAUUCCCUUUUGAGGACUCGUAUCUCAGAACAUAACCUGGUAUCAUAACAGAAGAAAUAAAGUCUGUUGCUCCUACGUGCCCACCUGGCCUGUUCCUAAACAUGAGUUAGCCCAGUUCUUUCUAGGAAGGGAUACCUGGCUCUCUUCUUGUCUAGGCUAGACCCACUGGGAUGAAUGAAGAAGAAAGAAAACAUGGAGGUGAACUUGGGAUUGCUCCACCAAUAGAAAUUUUGCUUGGCCAGAUGAGAGAUUGGUAAGGCAACAUCUGGCCAUGGUGAGUUUAAGAAAAUGUUUGCGUUUACUUUGAUCCCAGGGCCUUCUGUUUCUUCUUCUUGUUUUUUAAUUUUUAAAAAGUUAUUUAUUAUUUGAGAGAGUGUAUGUGUGGGGGAGGGGCAGAGAGAGAGAGAGAGAGAGAGGGAGGGAGGGAGGGAGACAGAGAGAAUGUCAAGCAGGCUUGGCGCUGUCGGCAUGGAGCCCGACGUGGGGCUCAAUCCCACAAGUUUGAGAUCAUGACCUAAGCAGAAACCAAGAGUUGGACGCUUCACCAACUAAGCCACCCAGGCGCCCCGCAGGGCCUUGUACUUCUGAUGUAACAGCCAAGGGGCAGUGCCCUCCAGGUAACUGAAGAAAGAAAACACUGGCUGGAGCAUGGGAUGGGGUGGAGGAGACCAUUCAACUUAAAACUUAAAAGCCAGCUGAACUGUGAGGAGAUUUCAGUAUCUAAAUACACAUUAAUCUAGGUGAUGUUUCAUCAGACAUUUAUUUUAAAAUUCUUUGUAUUUGCCUUGGUAUGAGAUGGAGCCAGAGGAAGUGUGUUGCCAGUUUAGUGAUCCAGCCAUAUAUCAAGACGACCCCAGUGUCUCCGAUAGUUUCGUAGUUAUCUCGUAUGACAAGAUGUUUCAAGCUCAUCUUGUGUAUUUUAUGCCUUAGCCCUGAAGUCAUCCAGUGGUUCCCAGAGAACCCCGGUUCCUCUUAGUGGGAAAUAAUUUAGAGACCAAAAUCUGGGUGUUAGGAGUGCUCAUUGAUAGUGGCUUGGUGUUAGUGGACAGAACUAGGAAAUACGUUACUAUGAGUUUUGGGUUCAUUUGUUUUUUUAACUACACGAAUUUAUAAUGACACUUCCAAUCCAACUCAGGACUACAGGGUUUUUACUGUAGCCUUCCUGAUCUCACAUCUGUUCUUCUUUGACUCAUUCUGAAAACCUCUUUCUCAAAACCACCAAAAUAAUUACAUAUUGUUUUAAAUCUUCAGAAUAACAGUGACAAAUUAUAAAAAAUAAUUGUGGAAAAGUUAAAAAUUUUCUUUUGCAAUUCUUUUUGUCCUUAGGGUUUAUGCCAUUAGACAUGUUCAAAUUACUAUUUUAAAAUAACUUAGAAUAGUAGUUAUGUCCUAAACCUGAAUCGGGGUUAUGAGUAUUCACUUUGUUUUGCUUACAUUUUUAGAGAUUGCUAUUUUCAUUUUAAUUUUUUUAUAAUUAUGUAAAUUAUUUAUAUGGCUCCAAAGCCAAAUCCACAGAAUGAGCUACAGUGAGAGAAGUCUGUAUUCCAACCCAUUGCCCUCCACCUAUUUCUUCCUUCUCCCUUGGACAGUAAUUUUUUUCCCAUUUCACCCUUGCAUUAAAAAAAAUUAUACAUACAAAUGAUAAAUGAUAGCACACUAUUUCACACUUUCCUUGGUCUUGCUUCCCCCCCACCCUUAACAAUAUAUUGAAUAUUAUUCCAUAGAACCAGAUAGAAUGUUCUCCUAUCCAAUGCUCCAUUAUGAAGUCAUACAUACCGUUGUUUAUUCAACCAGUCACCCUUGAUUGAGAUUUGGGUUGUUUCCGAUCCUUUGCUAUUAAAAGUAUUGCAGCCAUA